AAUCUCAUAACCCUAAAAACCAAAAUCAAACAAAAUCUUCUCCCGAAAACCUCACCCUCCGAUCCGCCACCACCAAAUGUCGCCCCAAAACCCAACCGAUUACUUCAAUCAACCCACCUUAACUUCCAUCUUUCUCACCGUUUCCCAUCUAACACCUUUCACCACCAGAUCUCAGCCCUCAAAUUUGUUUGUGCAAUUCCGAAACCCAAACCCACUUUGUAUAACCCCAUGGCUGAUUCAGAAGAGAGAAGCCCCCGAUUUUGCAGAGACGUUGGAUCACGGCCAAGGGCCUGAUCCCUUCUGGCCUGUUCAAAUUUUAGCUUUUCUGAGUUUUUCUUGGAUCUAGGUUUUACUUCCUUGGUUUUUGUGGAGAAUUCCCAAAGAAUCAAAUGGGUGUUUGAGGGCUUUUGAGUUCUACUGUCUAAUUGAGCGUGUUUGGAGUUUGGAAUUUCUUUUUUGGCUUCCUCAUACCUUAAAACAGAUGGGAGAUGCCAAGCUUCAAGGUGGUCAAUUUGCUUCAACCACUUACUACUCUCCAAUGUGUUAUACCAAUACAGAUACGAGAAGUGCGCAGUUAUGGAACUAAUCCCUCAAGUUUCUCAUCUUGCCCACAGAUUUGUCUCCACUUGGAUGGCUUCCCUGUCUCGAUACCUUUCCAUCUCAGACACUAGACAAGUUUCUCAUUUUGCCCACAGACUUACAUGGAGUCGGGCUUAUUGGCCGGUUCCUUACUCCUUUCGCCUGUCUUUCACCGCUCUAUGUUUCGUCUUGGGAGUUCCACCGUCUGUAUAUAUUUAUGUUCUUUCAGUUCUGUUAUUUGGUUUACUUUGUUUCUUGGACUAUCUUUUGUUAGUAUUUCUUAGUAAUAUAAGCACCUUUCCCGU